AGAAUGGAGAAUACUUGUGAUCUGAAAACCAAACGAAGAUGGCCAACAAAGUGGCACUCUUGACCCUUCUUGCAGUGGCCGUUGCAGUCUCUGGCUACGGAAAAGGGGGGAAAAUCCGCCUCUGCGCCAAACACUGUACGACCAUCUCCCCUGUGUGUGGCUCUGAUGGAAAAACUUAUGACAGCCGAUGCCACCUGGAGAAUGCUGCCUGUGGUGGCGUGAGUGUCACUUUCCACCAUGCCGGACCCUGCCCUCCCCCAAAGAGAUGCCCAGGAAUAUGCCCCGCGGUAUAUGCCCCUGUGUGCGGGACCAACGGGAAAACUUACUCGAACUUAUGCCAACUUGAGAAUGACAGAACCUGCAACGGUGCUUUCGUUUCCAAGAAGCACGAUGGACGUUGUGGUUGCAACCCCAUUGUCGCGUGCCCUGAGAUCUAUGCUCCCGUGUGUGGCAGUGAUGGCAAGACUUAUGAUAACGACUGCUAUUUCCAGGCAGCUGUUUGCAAGAAUCCAGAUCUUAAGAAGGUUCGAGACGGUAACUGCGACUGCACUCCUCUCAUCGGCUGUCCCAAGAACUAAUGGCUGUGUUGCACGACGGUGUAAAUUACAAAUACGACGUUCUUAAGUUGCUCAUGCAAGAACCCUGCCUUCAAAGUCUCUGAUACU